AUGGGUAUCGAGGCUGAUACUGCGACGCCGCAUUCUCACCAUGCUCUCGCAAAGGAUGUCCCCGAGGACAAGAAGAGCGAUCAAGUCCCAAAGCAUGAUGAGUUAAGGAACAAGGCUGCGACUGGUAUUUCUUACUUCACUCCUGCUCAGGAACCUGUAGCUGGAACUGCUCUUGGAAUGCACGACAAGAGCUCCAAGAUUCCCAAGCUCUUCCAGCCCCUCAAGCUCCGUGGUCUUGAGAUCCAGAACCGCCUCGCCCUCUCUCCCCUCUGCCAAUACUCGGCUGAAGAUGGCCACCACACUAACUGGCAUCUCACACACUUGGGCGGUAUCAUUCAGCGUGGACCUGGGUUGUCAUUUGUAGAGGCCACAGCUGUUGUUGCUGAGGGCCGCAUCACACCUGAAGACAGUGGUCUCUGGAAAGACUCACAGAUGGAGCCUCUCCGCAAGAUUGUCGAGUUUGCGCACUCGCAGGGCCAGAAGAUUGGUAUUCAACUUGGACACGCUGGACGCAAGGCUAGCACCGUAGCACCCUGGUUGAGCAAGGGAGACAUUGCUACCAAGGAAAUGAACGGCUGGCCAGACAAUGUGUACGGCCCGUCAGCCAUUGCAUUCAACGACCAUCAUUGCACACCCAAGGAGAUGACCAAACAGGACAUAGAGACCUUUAAGCAGGCUUUUGUUGACGCCGUCAAGCGUGCCUUGAAGAUCGGCUUUGACACAAUCGAGAUCCACAACGCACACGGAUACCUCCUGCACUCUUUCCUCUCGCCUGCAUCCAACAAGCGAACUGACGAGUACGGCGGAUCGUUCGAGAACCGCACCCGUCUCACACUAGAGAUAGUCGAGCUCGCCCGCAAGACCAUUCCAGACUCUAUGCCUUUGGUUCUUCGUAUCAGCGCAACAGACUGGCUCGACGAGGCUGGUAUCGAAGGCUGGACACUUGAUCAGACUGUCAGGCUUGCCGAGAUUCUGGCUGAGAAGGGUGUAGACCUACUAGAUGUCUCAUCUGGUGGUCUUCACGAAAAGCAGCAUAUUCACGGCGGACCCGGAUACCAGGAGCCUUUCGCCAAGGCUGUAAAGGAUAAGGUUGGCGAUAAGAUGGCGGUCGGUACUGUUGGCAGCAUCACCGAUGGCAAGCAGGCAAACGGAUACCUGGAGAACGACAACCUGGACGUGGCUUUCAUUGGUCGCAUGUUUCAGAAGAACCCUGGCUUUGUAUGGCAAUGCGCUGACGACCUUGGUGUUGAAGUCCGAUGGGCAAACCAGAUCCGAUGGGGCUUCGGAGGCCGUGGCAAGAAGUAAGUCUUGUCCAAGCCCCCUGCUUCGAGGAUGAACGACCAACGACGUACUUGUUUCGGUCCGUAUCAUAGACAUGAUGUAGACGAUGUAAAUUUCACGAUUGUAGAACG